GUGAACAUUACUUGGCGACAUAGACCCAAGUAGCCUUUACCUCUUACCAACAUCCACCUAUCAUUCCUUCGAACGAACACAGCGUGCGGCCUAUACCUCCUACAGUGAACAAGUCGUGGACGUGAAUAGACAAUAUUCCUAGGAAUCGUAAGACGGCUAAGAUAACUCGACAAGAUGGCUUCAACCCCAUUUAAGAACAGUCUUACUGUCGGUGGCUCGCCUUUCGACAAGGCUAAAUUGCAAAUGCGACGGCCUACACCGGACAGUGACGUCCUCGCCUCGAGCGAUGACGACCACGAGGUCGUCGCCCCUCCGCCCACUCGACCAACUGGUGCUCCAUUCCCAACGGCGCGCCGUCCCUCGUGGAUGGCCCAGGACCUCCCGAACCGAAAGAACUCGCUACCUUCCGUGUCACUGGGCUCGCAGCCGGGGACACCAUCCCUGUCAUUAGACAGUCCGUCGAGGGCUCCGACCUUUUGGAAUACAAACAGCUUCACCGCUGCUUCCUCGGCCAAUCGCCUAAAGGAAGUGCUCCCCUCGCCCACCUCCGCCCAAGGUCCUGUGGACAAGCCGUUCGGUGCGCCGCCUCAAUCGGAGACGGAUGACACGGUCGGCUUCCUCUUGAACCAGCACACUGUUCGGAAGGCAGUUCGCUCUCAAUCAUACAGUGUCGGUCAAGGAGAGAUUGGGAACCCGGCCUCUCACCUGCGAUCAGCUCUGCGACACCGGCCGUCCAAGCCGAGCCUGCUGGCAACAAACGAAACAGCUGUCGGCCUGGGUCAACUCCGCGAAGACGAGAACGACGAGCUUGAUUCAUCGAACGGCUCACAACACGGUGUUCCACUGCACCCCGACUUCUACCAGCAAGAGACCCGCCCAUCAAAGGCAAUGGUGACGAAGCAAGUCACGAUCAUUGCGCCGCCUGCCCGACGGCUCUCUCACAGCAUGCGAAGCAUGACCCAGAACGACGCAGACGACGUCGCUGAGUCCGCUUACGAUACCCGCGUCAUGCCACUCACCCGGCGAUACAGCGAGCACGUAGGCACACUAGCACAGGCAGAUGACUUCGCACAGAGCCAUGAACCCCAUGGCUGGGGCGGCUCUGUGCCUCGAUUCAACACAGACGCUUUGAGCCGUCGGCACUCGAUUGCACACUAUGGCAGCAAUCUUGCUUCGACAUUCUCUCAGACAACGCUCGGAAAUACACAGGAGGAAGAGGAAGAGGCAUCCCCUCUUGAGACCGUGCUCCCAGUCCUUCCCCCAGCACAGAACGAUCCGAAGUGGAGCACCUUGGAUUACUUCAGCGGCUUUGGUCCUGCGGCUCGAACGAUCAACUCUUCCGCUAUAUCUGCGGCACACCCUGCUCCCACUGUCAACCACCCUCCACCUCCUCCGAACGCGUACGCCAACCCAAGCGGCUAUGGCCGACCCGGUCGACGGAUCUACGUGGUCCAGUUCAAGUGUUCGCGCUCGGACAUCUAUUACCUCUACGAGAAUACGGGCCUGGAGAUUCGUGUUGGUGAUCUGGUGAUCGUCGAAGGUGACCGUGGCCACGACCUUGGUCAAGUCACUCACGCCGACGUGACCAUGGACGAUGCCAAGCGACUGAAGAACGAGGCGAACGAGGACCACUUCCGCUGGUUGGUCAUGUUCUCGCAGUACUCUGUCGCCGGCGCCUCCGCAAAGAAUGCUAUGCUCGGUGCUCUGUUCCGCGCACACGAGGUUCCGAAGACUGGCAACCGUCCGCAGCUCACCGGCAUGGGCGUUCAACAAGAUCCAGAGAACAAGCCGCGCAUGAUUCGCCGUUUGGCCCAGACACAUGAGAUCCUCCAACUUCGCGACAAGGAAGGAGAAGAGGCUCGAGCCAAACGAAUGGCUACCGACAAAGCCUUAGACCAUAACCUGCCGAUGGAGAUCCUAGACGCAGAAUUCCAGUGGGAUCACCACAAGAUCUCAUUCUUCUACUACGCCGAGUCCUACGUGGACUUCAAGAUCUUGGUGACGGACCUGUUCAAGCACUAUAAGAUCCGGAUAUGGAUGUCCGCUGUGAACCCAGCGUCUGUUGUCAACCCGGCCGGUAUGCAAAUCAAGCCGCCCUCCGCGAUUGGUCCUGGCGCUAUCGUGCCAAAUAACGCCCCGAACGCCUCUCUGUCGGUUGGCCCUCUGUUCGGGAACAACUCUUACCGCCCCAACGAGCAGUAUGGAAACCGCGAUCGGUCUACCAACCCGCAGGGGUCCUUCGGCGCGAACAACUUCGGUCCCUUCUCUCACCAGCUGUCUGGAUUCCCCGUGCAGAACCCCUACCAGAUGCAGCAAUGGGGCCAGCAGUUCUUAAACGCCGGCAUGUACAGCCGGUACGACCCCAACGCUACCGCAGAUCGGAGCCCGAUGAACAUGGGCGGAUGGUUUCCGCCUGCGACGUACUCUGCAUCCCCGGCGUUCAACCAGGCUUCCAGCAAUGCCUCUUUCCGAGGAGGAUACCCGGCUUCCUCGGCCAACAAUCCGUAUGCUGCGUCGACUGCGGUAGCUGCAAGUGCCUACAGCACUGCAUUCAAUGCACAGGCCGGCUUCCCGCCUUCCUCAGCAACUGGAGCUGCUCCAUUUGUCGGUUUUGAUCCCGACAUGAUGGCUGCUAUGGCAAGCUUGAACCUUGGUGGAGCCGGAAGCCCUGCUAGAAACACUGACAACAACAACGGUGGCAACAACGGUGCGAACAGCGGUUCUGGCACCAAUUAGCUGGACCUUGGCUUUCUUCAUGGUAUGGUGCUUAUGUUUGUUUUCUCUUCUCUUUCUUUUCGUUUUGAAGUGCUGCCUCAUGGUUUGAGGCAUACAAUAUGGGCUGAUGAAGCUUUGAUUUGACGGUGGUUUCAUAUCUGAAGGCGAUUUCCUCUUGCCUGCCAUUCUGGCAUAUGGAGGACUUAUGAAGGCUUUAGGUCUGACUUGCAUUUGCUUUUCCUUGUUCAUCUUUCUCAUCUCUAGGGUAUGUAGCGUGGAAGACAAGAAAUUCUCUUCUUCAUGCAUGCUGGGAUGGGAAAGCAAAAUGUUUCUUUUUUUUUCCUAGAAAAGAAAUUGACCUUUGGUCACCAUUCGAU